AUGUCUAGUGAUAGAGCUUGUAUGUUAUGUGGUAUUGUUCAAAGUACUAGUGAAUUCACCAGAGAUGGAUGUCCAAAUUGUCAGGGAAUCUUUGAAGAGGCUAGUGUUUCUGCAAUCGAGUGUACCUCUCCAUCGUUUGAAGGGUUGGUGGGUAUGUGCAAGCCAACGAAAUCGUGGGUUGCUAAAUGGAUUAGUGUAGACCAGUAUGUCCCGGGAAUGUAUGCCAUUAAGGUCGAUGGACGUCUGCCUGCUGAAGUUGUUGAUUUAUUGCCUCAUUACAAGCCCAGAGAUGGCACUCAAAAUGAUUGA